GUGCUGUUCGCAAGAGCUACAGCCAACCAUAUCAGAUUCUUUCGCCAAGAUUGGAUAUAGUCGUACCCACAUGUUUCGUGUUAAUGAGCACACAAAACGUAUUUCUUGCAAGAAAAGAUGAAAGGACCAACAAUUCUUCCACGCCUUGGGGUGUAUUGGGCGUUGCUUUCCCAGCUCUGCCAUGGACGCAGCCUCAAUACAGACUGUUCGAUCGACGAUGCCGCCCUUCAGAACGACUUAUUAGAGGAUCAGGAAGCUUCAGUAUCCAAAGUUUGCUUCCCUGUACGCGGAGCAGAGCGAUGUUUCUUCCUUCUCCUUCCUGAAUGUGCGAAGGAAAAGUCCAACGUUCCCUUGGUUGUGGACCUUCAUGACACAGGCAGUUGCCCACUGGCGCAAUCACGAAUAUCGGGAUGGAAAGAGUACGCCCUUUCGGAAUGUUUUGCUGUUUCCUGGCCACUCGGUACCACCGACCCGAAUGUUGCCGAUGAACCCUGCUUUACAGUCCCUGGUGGCAUGGACGUUUUGAACAGUCAUGGUCGAACUGUGGGGGUUGCACCAGAUUGCUGCUGCAAGAAGGGUGGACAGUUGAUACCAGAGACAGAUACCAAUGACAUAGAGUUUCUCCAUGAUGUCAUCAACAAGGCCAUCGAUGAAGCGUGGUAUAGGAACGUUGCAAUCAACGCCACCAAAGUUCAGCUCUCUGGUUACGGCAACGGCGCCACGGCAGCCAUGGGGUUUACGGCAAUCCACAGUGACAUUGUCUCUUGCCUAUCGCCCUUUGCCGGUCCCAUGGUCACCGCCAUUCCAGAGGACUACACUCCGGUCCCCGUUUUCUCUGUUCUGGAUAGCGGCCGUUCACACCAAGACCAGGAGCUCGACUCAAGUACCGAACUCAUGUUGUCUCCUGGGGACGUUGCAUACAUUCUCCCAUCUCCAUCCAGAGUCGAUGAAGUCUUUUCGGAGGCGAACCAUUGUGUCGGCGAAAGCACCUCUAGAUCUAACACUGCCACCGACAAACUCACCCAGGUGGAGGGAGUCGUCACGAGUGGCAAGUUCGGCGACUGCAAAGCCCCAGUGAACUUUUUGAAGCCACCCUUUGCCGCCUACAAGUCAAGAAUCUCGACCGACGACGAUACCGAUACCACAAGCACAGCUGCGAAGAAUCGUGUGGUGGAUACAACCAUUAUAGCAUAUAUGUUUUGCAAGGACCGACACAGCGUCGACACGGACUACGUACGUGUUGAACGGCCACCAGUCAGCGCCGCUGCGACGACCAAGUCGGCUCUUGCAACAUCAGUCGUCGCCGUAGUGUCGGCGACCGUGGCUCUCUGGACAGCAGCAUAAUGCAGAUUUACUCCACAACAUAAUGGUUUGUCUGGAUUGGAGUGAGAGUCGAUUUCAAUGCUUCAUUCGGACGAAUCGCAAGUUUGAAGGCGUCACGAAGGACGACCUUAUCUAUACAUCAUACAUUAUCAUAAAUUAGCAAUUCCUUAUUACCCAAGCAAUGGCACACACACACAUCCCGCUGAACUGCAUGUACUUACUACCGUAGUGCAUGUGGCUUCUUGGUUCUGCAUUGCUGGAUG